AUGUGGUCGCGAACCAACCGAGCUGCUGAGGAGUUUUACGCUCGUCUCCUUCAGGAAUUUGAUGAAGAAAAGAAAGGAAUCUGUAAAGAUCCAUUUAUCUAUGAGGCUGAUGUUCAAGUGCAGUUGAUCAGCAAAGGCCAACCAAACCCUUUGAAAAAUAUUCGAAAUGAAAAUGACACAGUAUUCAUCGUGGAAAAAGUGCUUUUAGAAAAGGAAGAAACAAGUCAUGUUGAAGAACUACAGUCUGAAGAAACUGCUAUUUCUGAUUUCUCUACUGGUGAAAAUGUUGGACCACUUGCUUUACCAGUUGGGAGAGCCAGGCAGUUAAUUGGACUUUACACCAUGGCUCACAAUCCUAAUAUGACCCAUUUGAAGAUUAAUCGGCCAGUUACUGCCCUUCCUGCCCUUUGGGUAAGGUGUGAUGGUUCAGAUCCUGAAGGUACCUGUUGGCUGGGAGCUGAGCUUAUCAUAACCAAUAACAUCAUCACAGGAAUUGUCUUGUGCAUGGUCACCUGUAAAGCUGAUAAAAAUUAUUCUGUAAAUCUUGAAGAUCUCAAAAAUUCACACAAGAAAAGACAUCACUUGUCUACUUUAACAGCCAGCGGCUUUGCCCAGUAUGAGCUCUUUAAGUCCACUGCCUUGGAUGAUACAGUUGCUGCCUCACAAACUACAAUCACUUUGGAUGUUUCCUGGAGUCCUGUGGAUGAGAUUCUUCAAAUCCCUCCACUCUCUUCAACUGCAACUCUGAAUAUUAAGGUGGAAUUGGGAGAGCCCAGAGGUCCUCUGAAUCACCUUCACAGACAACUGAAAUUUCUCCUUGUUUUAGCUGAUGGUUUGAGGACUGGUGUAACUGAGUGGCCUGAGUCUCUGGAAGCAAAAUCUGCUGUUGAACUUGUGCAGGAAUUUCUGAAUGACUUAAAUAAGCUGGAUGAAUUUGGUGAUUCUACGAAAAAAACCACAGAGGUAAUGAAACAUGACUCUGCUGCAGUUGAUCGGUCCAUGGAGUGUCUUCUCACAGUACGGGGUGAUCUCGAUUUUGCUGAGCAGCUGUGGUGCAAAAUGAGUAGUAGUGUGAUUUCUUAUCAAGACUUGGUGAAGUGUUUCACGUUGAUCAUCCAGAGUCUACAGCGUGGUGAUAUACAGCCAUGGCUUCAUAGUGGGAGUAACAGUUUACUAAGUAAGCUCAUUCAUCAGUCUUACCAUGGAACCAUGGACACGGUUUCUCUCAGUGGGAUUGUUCCAGUUCAGAUGCUUUUGGAAAUUGGUUUGGAUAAACUGAAGAAAGAUUAUAUCUGUUUUUUCAUAGGCCAAGAACUUGCAUCUUUGAAUCAUUUGGAAUAUUUCAUUUCUCCAUCAGUAGAUACACAAGAACAGGUUCAUCGUGUUCAAAAACUCCACCAUAUUCUCGAAAUAGUAGUCAGUUGCAUGCUUUUCAUUAAACCUCAACAUGAACUCCUCUUUUCUUUAACACAAUCCUGCAUAAAAUUUUAUGAACAAAAUCCUCUUGAUGAGCAACACAUUUUUCAGCUGCCAGUCAGACCAACUGCUAUAAAAGACUUAUAUCAAAAUGAGAAGCCACAGAAAUGGAGAGUGGAAAUAAACAGUGGUCAAAAGAAGGUGAAAACAGUUUGGCAACUGAGUGACAGCCCACCUGUAGAUCAUCUGAAUCUUCACAAACCUGAUUUUUCUGAAUUAACAUUAAACGGUAGCCUGGAAGAAAGGAUAUCCUUUACUAACAUGGUUACCUGCAGCCAGGUGCAUUUCAAGUGAAGUGUGCUGAUGGGACCCUCUGUAAGCUCAAGCCAAAAAAAGAGAGAGAGAGAGAAAGAGAGGUGGUGGGAAGGUAAUUAUCACAGAACCUGAAAACAGAUGUAUGUAAACCUUCGAAGGAGAAAAAGGAGGAAGAUCCUGAAGAAGAUCCCGAAGGUUCUCUGUGAAAGAUGCAGCUACAAAAUGGAUGACCCUGUCUCAGCUCAGGCUCCGCAGCAGAAGCAUCAGGAGAACUGCAGCGAUUAGUAUACAGAGGGUGCAGACUGUAGGUACCAAGAUCUCCGUCAUGAUCUGCAUGUAACUUAGAAAAGGCUCUGCGCAGGGGGAGAGAGCAACAUGGCAGAUGAGAAUGUGGUCAUUUUGGCGAAUGCAGCUUCAUCCUGAAAGCUUCAGCUGUCUGGAUAAACUUGGAAAAUGGCAUCAUCACACUUGCUAAUUAUUCUCAUUUGCUAUAAAAGAGAACCUGGUAAAUUAAAUGUUAUAAAAAAAAUUAUG